AUGGUUCCUGGAUCGCAGAGCCGUUCCAGUGAGAGCCAGGUAAACUUCCAGCUCAAGCGUAUAUCCUUCCAUUCUAGAGAGAUAGCCGGUGACUGGAUCAUAUCGAAAUUCGAGACCACCCCACGGAUGUCCUCUUAUCUGCUGGCUGUUUUUGUCUCAGAAUUCGACUUCAUUGAAAAUUACACGUCAAGGGGUGUGAGGUUUCGAAUAUGGUCACGUCCAGAGGCGAAAAGCAUGACACAAUAUGCCUUAGAUGCAGGAAUUAGGUGCUUGGAGUUCUACGAGAAAUUCUUCGACAUCGAAUUUCCCCUUCGAAAGCAAGAUAUGGUGGCUGUUCCUGAUUUCUCAUUUGGUGCCAUGGAGAACUGGGGCCUCAUCACUUACAGGUGA